GGUCUCUCUGUCUCACCUGCUUAUUUCCGAGCGACUUUCUUUUCCGAAAAAGAAAACAGCUGAGAGCUGAUGAGUCUGAGCUGAAGCGAGGACACCAUCGCGCCGUCGUGUUAUUGUGUGGAAGUUGGGACGUCUGCUUUUGUCAUGACCCAGAAAAGCAGGAAACUCUCAGUGGGCAGUUCAGUCGUGGACGAACUCUCCCCUCUUCUCACGAGGAGAGACAGCAGGAGGAAGUGCAGCCGGAGCCAGAGCCUGAAUUUGGGGAAUGUCAAACAGCAGCAGGGCAGGUGGCUAAAUCAAAGCUUCAGAAUGAGCAACAGGGACCAGACCAUAGCAGAAGAUAAUCUCAGCCGAUUGGAUGGGCUCAUCAUCACUCAUAGCUACAUGAAGCACAAUAAAACCUUCCACAGACUGUUUCGAGAGAUCCCCGUGGAGGAGAGGCUGAUGCACACGUUUACCUGUUCCUUACAGAGGGAGGUCCUGUAUCAUGGAAAGCUCUUUGUUUCGGAGAACAACGUGUGCUUCUACUCAUCUGUGCUACUGAAAGAGACCAAGGUGGUGAUUGCUAUUUCCAAUGUGAAGGAGAUAAGGAAACAUAACCCAACCCUGUCUGUGCUGUCGGUGCUAACAUCCAGCGGAGAGAAGUAUUUGUUUGCAUCAGUGAGGAAUUAUAACGUCUGUUGCAAACUCCUCCAAAGCCUCUGCUGUCAGCAGCCUGUGGAGAGCAGCCCAAGCAGCAGCCCUUACCUGUCCUCUGCAGAGAUUGAGGAUGAUGCGGCCUCCAGCUUUUCCAGUUUAGAGGACAGUUUGGAGAAGGUUGUUCUCAGCGACAGCAUUUCUCCGAUUGACGGUGGAGCUGACGGCACAUUCAAGUCCACUCAGGGAGGCAGUUUUACAAAUGAAAAUGGCAGAGCUGGGUCAUGGAUUUGGAGGUUCCUUGAAAAAGUUACACUUGUAUUGUUCUUCAGAGAAGUUCUGAGUCUAAGAGUUGUCUUCCUCGUCUUCCUGGUCCUAAUGUUGUUGUUGCUCUUGAUGUCCAGCUACAUCGGGCUGAGGAUCACCGCUCUGGAGGAGCAGCUGAGCUCACUGGGAGCCCUGAGCGAUCUGUCUUCACACUACGCAGAGUACCAGGAAACAUAAACACCUGUAACAAAGACAUCUCGACAAUAACACAUACAGACUUUAAUAAUGUAUAUUAUUGUAUUGUAUUGCACACAAAUAUUUUUCACAAAAGAAAGUAAACUCCUGUUUAAAGAUGAUGUCCGACAGCUAGUGGGUUGGCUGUCUGUACCAAAGGUUUCUAAAAGUUGCCUCCACAAAGUUCUGUCAUGGUGUUGCUAAAAUUUGUAUUGUUACCAACCCAGUCCUUGAAAUGUGUGGAAUAAGUAAGUGUGAUGUUGGCUUCAUUGAGACCAAAAGCAUUUAAAGGUGCAUCAUUCACAACAGAGAAUAUAGCAGUUAAUCUCCUUUUAUUUAACUGACAGACACAGUUUUGACAUGAGUAACUUAGUGCUGCCCUUCCCCCACUUGUUGUACUGUGGCUAAAAGAUGGUGCUUUUAUCAAGGUGUGCAAUUUUUAAAAAUGCAGUUGGGAAAUUCACAAUAAAUCAGUCGACAGGCAGACGCCAAAGGCAAUAAACUAGCUAAUAUCAAUGAGGUAUAGUUAAUAGUUAACUCCAGAAAUGGAUAGUAGUCCAACGAGAUAAGUUGUAUCUAAUUUCAUUGAACUAUUUAACAGGUCUUUGCUUAAAUCUAUUUAUCAAAAAUAAUGUUAUGCGUAUUAUGACUAGAACUAUUUUGGUGGCUAUGUUUGUUCCACCAAAUAGAUCAUAUUUCACUUCUAUGUUUGGUUGUUUUUCUUUAAAGUGAAUAUUAUAAAACUAUAUUAGUUUUACUCAGGUGUGUGUAGGAAUCGCAAACCAGUCUGCAUGUGAGGAACAACCUUGCGCCAGAAGCUGAGAGAAGUAUGAGGAGACAACCUGCACACCUUGGCAGUGAUUUUUAUUUUAUGUUUCUUUUGCAAAUCAAAGAACAGACUCAGCCAGAAGAUAAACUCGCUAGGUGUUUUUUAAGCCCAACACACAAUGGUGUUUUUAUUGUACCUUUUGAAUUGAUGUACUUCAGCUUGUUAAUGACAGCAUCUGACCACUAGAGGGCAGUAAGCCACUACAGAUUUAUUAAAGCCAGGGUAGCCUUCAGCAACCUUGUUUACCCCCAGACACAACAUAUAGAAACAAAACCAUCUUCAGAUCCUUUAAACAUCAAUAUUGAAAGGAUCACAUUUUUUUCGCAAUUGAAGAAUUUUCUGGCACCAAUUGUGCAAAAUAUGUGCUCUGACAAUAUAAAUUUAAUGCAUAAUUAAAAGUUGAUUUCCUUUACCCGAAACUCGCUGUUUUUACAAGAAUCCCGAACAUUUUUAUUCAUUACUUCCAACAUGGCAGCAGUCUUAAAUGCACAAAUAUUUUCCUGCCUUUGUAACUGAGUAUUGGAAUAAAGUGAAUAAUUUAUGGACUGUAAGUAAGAAUAAUGAUAAUUAAAAAAAAAAAAAAUCACCCAAUUUCAUGUUUUUGUACGUAAGUGAUUUUAUUUUGUUGUCCAUAAAAAGGUCAAGAUUCAGUCCCAUGAAUUCAUUUCAUCACAUCAUAUUUUCAGUUCAAAAAAAUGCAACAUAAAAUUACAAAUUAUAAUACAAAGAAAAAAACAGGUAAGUACAGUAACCAUAUAAACAGUCUAGUAAUAGGUUCUACAUCCCCCCAACCCAAACAUCGGACCCGGUCAAUCUCUAGCACAAAAAAAAAAAUCCAACAUUACAUCAG